AGUACGUCCAGUAGAAGGUAGACUGGUAGAGAGAAAGCCAGAAAGAGAGAAAUGGAGGUCUCUGUUGAGAGUGGGUACUGCCCAUCAACCGGCAUCUACCACAGCAAAUGGGACUCCCCAGUACUCCCCCCUCAUCAAAACCCAUCUCUCUCCCUCCCUUCAUUUCUCCUCUCACACCUCCCUCCUCGCUCACUCCACAAACCCGCCUUCAUCGACUCAAAAUCCGGUGACUCCAUCACAUUCCAAGAGCUCCGCUCCCUCACAGUGGCCGUCGCCCACAGCCUACGUUCGCUGGGCGUGAAGAAAGGCGACGUGGUGCUUGUCGUCUCGCCAAACUUCCUCCAUUUCCCUCUGCUAGUCCUAGGGGUCAUGCACGCUGGUGGGAUUUUUAGCACGGCCAACCCUUUAAACACCAGACUGGAAUUCCACGCCCAGACCCAAGAUUCCAACCCAGUUCUGAUCCUCACUUCUCGUGAAUUCAAACCGAAGCUAGACGGGCUGAUCUCAAAGCCUGUUGUUUUGGUGGAAGAAUUCAUAAAUGAAGUACUAGUGCAAAGUAGUAGCCGGCAACCUUGCACGUCGGCGGCAUUCCCUAACGUGGUCACCACUCAGGCUGCAGCUAACCCUGCUGCUCUCAUGUACUCAUCAGGGACAACCGGAAAGAGUAAGGCCGUGGUGUGCUCGCAUGGCAACCUCAUAGCCAUGAGCGGCCUGCUGAGGCACGUAUGGGAUGCAGAGGGUGGGGCGAGCGACGAAACUUACUUGUGCGUGGUGCCGUUGUUUCAUAUGUUUGGGCUGUCAGUGCUGGUUCUGGGAACGGUGUCUGUGAGAGCGACGACGGUGAUUCUACGGAAGUACUCCAUGGAGGAGAUGCUGAGAGCAGUGGAGGAUCAUCGGGUGACAAGGCUCCCGGUGGUGCCGCCCAUCGUGCUGCAGCUACUCAGAUAUAGAGAUUGGCUGAAGGGAUUUGAGUUGGGUUCUCUGAAGGAGGUGAUAUGUUCAGGGGCUCCCUUAGGGAGGGAUGACAUGGAACGUUUUAGCAAGUACUAUCCCCAUCUCAUACUUUCUCAGUGUUACGGGUUAACAGAAACAAAUGGCCCCAUUACAUUUUGCAACGGGAUUAGUGGUAGAAUCCAUGUUUCCAUUGGAAGGUUGAUCCCAUUCAUGGAGGCCAAGAUCAUUGAUGUGCGUUCACAGAAGUCCCUCCCUCCUCUCAAACACGGAGAGCUUUGUGUGAGAGGGCCUCCUGUUAUGCAAGGUUACUUCAAGAACCAAGAAGCCACAUCCCAGGCUAUUGACAAUGAAGGAUGGCUGCAUACUGGAGAUUUGUGCUUCAUUGAUACUUUUGGACUUGUCUACAUAAUCGACAGGAUCAAGGAGCUCAUCAAGUACAAAGCCUACCAGGUUGCUCCGGCUGAGCUUGAGGAAAUACUAUCCGCCCAUCCUGAUGUAAAUGAUGUUGCUGUGAUUCCGUACCCAGAUGAAGAGGCAGGAGAAAUCCCCAUGGCUUGUGUAGUGAAAAGGGAAGCAAGCAAAAUCAAGGAGGGAGACAUUAUAACAUUCGUGGCUGGCAAGGUAGCUCCCUAUAAGAAGGUUCGAAGAGUGGUGUUUGUGGAGGCUAUCCCAAGGUCACCUUCUGGGAAGAUCCUGAGGAGACACCUUAAGGCCUUAUAUACACAUCAACGGAUGGAAAUCUCGCCCAGGUACUUGUUGCAGCUAAGCCCAUGGAUCUCAGGCUUGGGCCAGCAAAUGAAGGGAUUGUUUGGGAGGCUGAGCUGAAGAUUUAAUUAAGCUGGUUCAGCUGCUUUGUAGCACUCUUGAUAAGCUAUUCAAAGAGACUGAACGGACGGCCCUUCAUAUGAUUGACCAACAGCCGAUUUGGGCUCUCCAGAGUUUUCACCAAACAUAACUUAUUGGCUGUCCGUGUGAGCCCACCUUAGAAAGCCAGAAGCCACUGUGCUUUCAACCCACCCAAAUGGGCACUAAGAAUAGGGGUUUUCUUGAGGAUGUGAUAGUCAUAUUUAAGGUGUGAUGGAAUGUGGAGUUCAUUGUAUGUUCAAAGCGCCAAUCUGAUCCAAUUCUUUUGGCAGGUGACAAGUCACUGCCGUUUCUGAAUUCAUCAAUAGGGGCCUUGGAUACAAAUGAGAAUCUUUAGAAGAGACAAUGAUCAUUAUCCAAAAAUUGAUACAAUUGGAAUCAAGAGGCAAGUUAAGCACCAAUUACAGGGUUCAGAAGUUUAUCAAUUGAGCAAAACAAGAAUUAAAAAUAACAAUAAUAACAAAAAGGCUAUAAAAUACUUGAGAGUACAACUGAUAAACCCUACUCCAUCUUUAGCUGUCAAGGAGCUCACAAUCUCAUUGAAAACCUUCUCACUAAGGCUGUGUUUCGUUUGAUAGGAAAUAAGAGAAACACAGACUUGAAGGAAAGUUCUCAAGGAAUUUUGCAAAUUUUCUUAUGAACUUCCCCUCAACUUUCUGUUUCUCUCUUAUUUCCUAUCAGACCAAACAUAUCCUGAAAGAAGAAGCAAUGUGAUUCUAUUCAUCCACUUCAAACAUAAAUUUUCAAGUUAGAUAAAAAGUAAAAACAUGUUGCAAUAGCUGAAUCUGGUGUGCCAUAUCUAUUUUCUAUGAAACUGCUGUCAUGGUAAGUCCUGCUAAGGUAUCAGAAACCUCAGAAGAUGAUGAUUUCCAUUUAAUCUGCAAUCCUCAUGAUCUCUCAAAUAGAAAAUUCCAAAACUUAUGCAGACACCCCUUUGACAACCAGGAAAACUUUUAACAUCUGGAACUACCUAAAGCCAACCACGACACCCCUUCCACCAUGCAGUAAUAAUGCACACAGCAUCCAUCAAUAAAUAAACAAUAACCUUUCUUCUCUUUUUUCUUCAAUUAGGGUGGGGGUAUCCAGAUGAUAAUGAUAAGAUAAAAUGUCUAAGGGAAUCAGAGGGAGAGAGAGAGAGCUACUUCUGUAA